GCCUCUGUCACGUGCUCAUUGCUCGUCGUGAUGGCUGCCUUGUGGCGAGCUCGUCAUUUUGCCCGCUGUGUCGUCCGCUUCUCUGAUCGUGAUCUGUAAAACAUUCGCUGAAAUCUCGUCUUUAAACACGACAUUAAAAGAGUUCGCAAAAUAAGCUGUCAUGGCUGAAAGCAACCAAAACACUGCUGGCACUGUUCAAGAAGGGGAGAGUGAGAAUACAGAGGAUUCUGAUCUGCAAAUGAAACUCAGUGCUUUUCGGGCAAAGUGGAUGUCUGAGCUUCAGCCCAGCUCAGGUGGAAAGAAAAGUGUCUCCAAAACUGCUGACCUGAAGAGGAAACAGGAAAUUGCUAGAGAGGAGAAGGCCCGAGAGCUGUUCCUAAAGGCCGUCGAGGAAGAACAGAAUGGAGCAGUUUAUGAAGCCAUCAAGUACUAUAAGAGUGCAAUGCAGCUGGUACCGGACAUUGAGUUUAAGAUCAACUACAGCAGAACUCCUGAUCCGGACCGAAGUGGCAGUUACUUGGAGGACAAUGAGAAUGAUCAGGAGAUAGACGAUCUAUUGAUGUACUUCCAACAGCAGCUGACAUUGUGCGACGGCACCAUGAAGCUGUGUGAGCCUGAGACAGACUCAACUCAGCUGCACAUCUCGGCUUUGCCUUUCGAGGUGCUCAUGUAUAUCUUCCGUUGGGUGGUGUCAUGUGACCUGGACCUUCGAGCCUUAGAGCAGCUUUCCCUGGUUUGCAGGGGUUUCUAUAUCUGUGCCAGGGACCCUGAGAUUUGGCGCACUGCCUGUUUGAGGGUGUGGGGGCGGAGCUGCACCAAAAUGCUGCCAUUUUCAUCCUGGAGAGAGAUGUUUUUGGAAAGGCCACGUGUACGCUUUGAUGGUGUUUACAUCAGUAAAACAUCAUACAUCCGUCAGGGGGAAGAGUCUCUUGAUGGCUUCUACAGGGCUUGGCAGCAGGUGGAGUACUACAGGUACCUGCGCUUCUUCCCUGAUGGUCAGGUGAUGAUGUUGACCACACCUGAGGACCCUUUGGUCACUGUCCCAAGGCUGCGCAGCAAGAACUCCAGGAUGGAGUCCAUCAUGUUUGGCCAUUAUCGGCUGUCUCAGGAUACGGACAAUCAAACCAAAGUUUAUUUUGUUGUCUCCAAGAGAAAAGAAGAGCAAAGGGUGGCAGAGUACCAGAGGAGUCGGUUCUACAGGCGGAACACAGCCCCCGAAACUGAGCGCAGCUUCCAUGUAGGACUGCAGCUGUCCUCUGGGGUGCGUCAACGCUUCAACAAGCUGGUGUGGAUCCACCAUUCCUGCCACAUCACCUACAGAUCGACUGGAGAGACCAUUGUCACUGCAUUUGAUGUAGACAAAAUGUACACGCCUCUGUUUUUUGCACGAGUGAAGAGCUACACAGCCUUUUCAGAGCGUCCACUGUAGGACGACCCAAGCGAUGCAUCCAGUAACUCGACCCUUGACCCCUAAUGGUUUACACCUGCUCACCCUACUGCUUCCAGCCCUGAGCUCUCUCUUAUGAAUGUAAACGAAUGGUGUGACGUUUUUAGAUUCCUAUUCUUUAAUGCAGCUCAAAGCAUUUUGUUUUGUUUUAGUGACAGAAUGGGUCUGCUGACAACUGGGACACCCACAUAAAUUAGCUAUAUUGUGAUUUUCUCUUUUUGUUUUGUGUGUGUAAAUUGUUUUGCUUAAGUCGAAUUGAAAUCAGAAAAAGAAAAAUCAAAAAUAAAUCAAAAGCGGUCUUUGCAAUAUAAACAGAUUUUUUUCCCGUUUGGCUGUUGUCACCUUUUCAACCGCUCAAUAUUUAGUCUUGUUGAAUGUUUUGCUGUACUCAGAAAUAGAAGGGAAGGGUGUUAUAGACAGAUUUGUUAUAACAUCAUUUUCAAUUUAAGUUCAGCUUGUUUUCUUUGGUGGACCCUGUACUUUAAAUUUCUUUAAAAUGUCUUUAAUCAUUGUCUUCGUUCACAAUGACAAAUAAAAAAAUAAAUCAUCAU